AUGUUUGUCCGUCGCGUAGCAUCCGGCCUCGCCAAGCGUGCCGCCUUCCGCCCUAUCCAGAACGACCAUGACCUUAUGCCCGCUGGUGCCGAGCCCGGUACCGUCCCCACCGACAUUGACCAGGCCACCGGUCUCGAGCGUCUCGAAAUCCUCGGAAAGAUGCAGGGCAUCGACAUCUUCGACAUGAAGCCCCUCGACGCAAGCAGAAAGGGCACCAUGAACGACCCCAUUGUCGUCCGCUCCUUCGGUGACGAGCAGUACGUCGGUUGCACCGGCUGCCCUGCUGACUCGCACGUCGUCAACUGGUUGACCAUGUCGCGCGACCGCCCUAUCGAGCGCUGCCCCGAGUGCGGCUCCGUCUACAAGAUGGACUACGUCGGUCCCCAAGAGAGCCACGACACUCACGGCCACCACGGUGAGCACGUCGGCCACGCUGACACCGACGGCUCGCACAACUUCGACGGCGAGCCCAAGACCCUCGCCGACUUUGUCCGCCCCGAGUACAGAUAG